AUGGCACUUGCUCAGACCAGCGCAGACUUGUCUUCCUCCAAGCACAUGGCAUUGGGAAAUAUCUCUUCCGCCUGUCGACAGGACUUGACUCCGCCAGAUAGCCCGAAUAACGAGUUUACUCGUUCUCAAGCGCCUUUAAAGGUCAUGAAGAAGCUCCUUGAGAGUGUACUAUCCGAUUUCGAAGACCCUCCGAACAGCCCCGUCUACCAGGAAAUGUAUCAACCAGGACCAGAUGCAAUUGAAUUGCAGAAAUUGCUAGCGCAGUUCAUCCGAGGUAGACAAUCGCCUACGGUGGCCGAACAUGCCCAGUCUCGUUCUGACGGCAGUGGACAAGAGUCCACCACUCCGCUGAUAGGCGAAGUAGAUCCCAGUCCCCCGAUCUGUACCACGCCGAAUGAUUUCAAGUCGUUCGAGAGCUGGGCAUCAAAAUCCCGAUUCAAGACAGUUUUGGAAAUCUGGGACAAAGAAGCAUGUAAAUACAAGACCGCCGAAUCGGUGGACACCAGUAGUGGUCCGGACGACUAUGCUGAAUAUGCAUUCGUGGUCCGUGAACGCAUGGAUCGAAAUACUGAGGAGGUGACGCCAUUUAUAGACGUCAUAUCGGAAGGCCUGCGUGACAUACUUCGUGAGGUGCUGCUCGACAUCCAUUCUAUUACCCUGAUGGAGGACAGGCCAUCGAUCGAGCAAAGUGUCCUUUUCCAUUUCAUUCCUGAGCUCGAAGGAUGUGCGAGUAACUUGGAAACUGGUGCGGAACGUGAAUCGGCACAUGCGCAGCAUCUCCGCCUGCUCAUUGGCCACCUCAAGCACGCAUAUGCUCCUACCUCGCAACGUCUCAAGUCAAUGUUGCAGCACGGUCAUAUUACGUAUGAUCUCCUCUGGGCACUUUUCAAACCCGGAUCCCAUGUCUAUACAACAUGCUUUGGCACAGGAGAGCCGCGGUGUGUCAUUUUCGAUGCGGGGGAAGAGUUAACACGACAUGACGAGACGUGGUUCAAUCUCGAAUGCCGCUUCCUUGAUUAUGACGGAGUCAAGUUCGGCGAGGCCGGAAUCUUUCUGCGUGUGCCAAAAUUCCGAGGGUCAAAGCCGAUCGCGACUCUUGAGGCUUACCCUCUCCACCACCAUCCGAGUCACGAGAAGGUCCGAAAAGACCUAGUUGAGAGAGGCCAAAUGUUUCGGGAUUUUGCUGGCUCGCACAUUCAGCACUGUGAAGGCAGCGCAUUCUUUAUGAACAAGGGCAAGGCUAUCAAACUCAACAUCAACAGUCGAGUCGCAGUGGACGCCGCCUUUUUCCAUGAAAUGCAGCCAAACUACUCCCGGCCGUCUCUGCGCGACAUGGCAUUGAAGGAAAAGGACGGCAUUGCCGUCUUUGACAUAGGUGCAAUGGUCAUGGAGGAACGUGAGCAAGAAAAGGAGAAAAUGCGAGGAGACGGCAUGGAACUACAAAAGCUGAGCGAAGCCGAAGUGUUAAUUGCCUGUCCAACCGUGUGUUGCUUCAGUUUCAAGGAAAAGAUGUUUUUGGAAUGCGCAGUUAGUGCUCUUAGGGAUGUGAACUGGUCACCUGAAUCAUUUGACUGCCUGCAAAUUCCGCCAGAGAACAAGACACUUCUCUUAUCAAUGGCGAAAACCCGCUUGGGUUUGAUACCGACAGUACCCUUUGACGAUUUAAUUGACGGGAAAGGCCAAGGACUCAACAUCCUUUUAGAUGGCCCACCCGGCGUCGGAAAGACAUUCACGGUUGAAGCAACAUCGGAAUAUUUCAAGCUGCCUUUGUACUCGAUAUCUGCGGGCGAGCUCGUUGUCGACCACGGAGAUUCCAAUGCGCUUGAACAACAACUUGAGACCAUUUUCAAGAUCGCUCAUCACUUCAAAGCCGUGCUGCUCUUGGACGAGGCAGAUGCUUUCAUGGAGCAGCGUACAUCUUAUCACGAUACUCACAAUCGUCUAGUGACCGUUUUCCUCCGAAAGCUGGAAUAUUAUCAAGGCAUUCUGUUCUUGACUUCGAAUCGGGGUAUUCAGUUUGAUGAUGCAAUCCUCAGUCGAAUCCAUUUGAUUAUCAAGUAUCAGGGCUUGAGCAGGGAAUUUCGCAGGGAUCUCUGGGCAACCUUUCUAGCCAGAGCACGUACAGUUCAAGGACCUGCUAUGACCGAGGAGCAAGACCUCCGACGGCUGGAAGUCUUAGAUCUCAAUGGACGAGAGAUCAAAAACAUUGUAUCAAUCGCACAUGCUCUCGCCGAGGCGAAGGCCGGCCAAGUGAACUAUAAAUACCUAGAGUUAGCCGCCGGCUCGCGGCAGGAGUUCUCGAAGGAGUUCGGCAGACAGGAGAUGUAUAUCUAG